GUGUCUGUUCUAUAACAUGCUAAAUGACAAAGGAUUCCUUCAAUGUCAGGGUUGUCCAAGCUUAUCCGAAAAGAAAGGAAAUGUGUGUGCACGGUUUUAGCUUAGCAUUAUGACUCCUGACUCUACUUCGCAAGAUCUUGAUUGAAGACCAUGGCUAGUUAAUUCGGUGAAUCAGGUGUCGUAGUGCUGGGCUAAAAAAUCCAGUAGCCACACUGGCCCUUUUUGGAUAAGAUUGGAUACUGUGCAAUAUACCCAUGCCAGCUAUAGAUUAAUUAUAGAUUAGAAGUUAUUUAUGGCACUGAAAAGCCAACAUGCAUUUUUGUUUCCUAAUGUUGACUUAAAAGAAACAUGCAGCUUGAGAUAAAAUGGAACGGUGCCACAAGUUGAGGAAGAAAGUAUAAGUUUGUGACCCACAAAAUGGAUAGUAAUUACUCGAAGACUGAUGCCAUUCCACGUUUACAACUGUUCAACUGUGUUCACCCCGACUGCGCAGCAACGUUUGUCAGAGAAUGGCGUUUGAGAGAACACGAAACCAUACACGCUGGCACGCGGCCUCUACAAUGCCAGGAGCAAGGUUGUAGCCGCCGUUUCUCCAGGAAAUCCCAUCUGGCCCGACAUAAACUCAGCCACUGUGAGGAGAGAACCUUCAGAUGUACCUACCUGAACUGUGCCAGCCGUUUCUUCAAUGUGGACAACCUGAAGAGGCACGUCCGAUAUAAUCACGGUGACAAGGACAAGUACUUCAAGUGCAAUUUCCAAGACUGCACUGUGACGUUUCGGAAACGCAAGGCUUACAAGAUGCAUCUGGCUACACACGACAUUGCUUCAAAUUUCAAGUGCAUGAAGGAAGGGUGUGGAGCGAAGUUUGAGACUCCAGGGGCUCGCCGGGCUCAUGAGAAGACCCAUGCAGGGUACCCCUGUCCUCAGCCCAGCUGCCAGGUGGUGGCACAUACCUGGGGGAAACUGCAGAAACACCUUCUGGAGCACCCCAGUGCCACUCUCACCUGUAAAGAGUGCCAGAAAGAGUUCAAGAAUCGGGCGGCUCUGCGGUGCCACAAGCGCACCCACGCCACGCAGAGGCCCGUGCUCAUGUGCCCCAGCGACGGGUGCCAGGCCUACUUCUCCACGACCUUCAACCUACAGCACCACAUCCGCAAAGUGCACCUGCAGCUGGCCAAGUACCGCUGCUACUACCCCGCCUGUACCCGCACCUUCGCCAUGCAGGAGAGUCUGAACAGGCACAUCCUGCGCCAUGGUCCAGAUGGAGGAAAGGUUAAGCAGCAGAAGCGUCCGCGCUCCAGUAAGAAGUGGCUGAAACGCCUGGACAGGCAGCACCAGCCCCCUCUGGUGGAAGACGACCUGCGCCGCCUCUUCGCCCAGCAAAUGCGCUUCUCUCGACGGGGGAAGCUGGAGGCCGACCUCUCGGGCCUCUUCAACGAGCGCAAGAUCCCGCGUCACGUGGACCCCGAGGUCAACCUGCGUGACCUCUUCAGCCUCAAACCACCUCGCCCGCUGCAGUCUCCGACCCCGGUUCCUCUGCCCAUGUGCUGAACCCCCAAUGAGAACAUUCAUUCUAAAUGCACCUUUUGGAUUUUUGGAUCAUUUGUUGGUGUAAUGUAAAAAUGUGCAAAGAACUUGAGUUUGUUCUACAAUUGCAAGGAUGUACACGUGUUUAAUUUGGCAUGCAGCAUUUCUGUAUCGAAUGUCAGUUUGAGUAAGAUUGUGGAUUCCUUGCUUGGUCAUUUGUUAAAUUAACAUUCAAAUAAAAGAAUGUGCAUCGUUUAA